UAUGUGCUCUCUGCCUGGUGCUGUGUGGAGAGACCGACCACCCAUUCGUUUCCUCCCCAAACUGUCCACACACAGCCCAUGCUACCGCUUCAGAUCCCUGAAUUGACUGAUAAUGCUCGUAAUGUGGUGCACAAGAACAGCGCUCGGGAGACUGCAGAGAAUCGCCCCGUGUACCGUCACCGGAUUUAAUCGCGCGAUGUCCACGUUACCGAAAGUGUAUGUGACGCGCAAGGUGCCUCCGGACGGACUGGACAUUCUCCGCAAAUCCGGACAGGUGCAGUUUGAGAUGUGGGACUCUGAUGACCCUGUGCCCCGAGUGGAGCUGCUGAAAAAGGUCAAAGGUUGCGAAGGAAUACUGUGUGUGCUCACAGAGAAGAUUGACGCACAACUAUUGAACGCUGCAGGUCCAAAUCUAAAAGUCGUCAGCACUAUGUCAGUGGGCUUUGAUCAUCUUUCUCUGGAUGAGCUCAAGAAAAGGGGAAUCCGUGUAGGAUAUACUCCGGAUGUUCUGACUGAUUCCGUUGCUGAAUUGACAGUUGCCCUACUACUCGCUACGUCCAGAAGACUCAUUGAGGCCACACAUGAGGCUAAAACAGGUGGCUGGGGAACAUGGAGAACUUUAUGGCUGUGUGGACACGAACUAGCAAACAGCACAGUUGGCAUCUUGGGUCUUGGGAGGAUUGGUGUGGCUAUCGCCGAGCGUCUGAAGUCGUUUAAGGUGAAAAAGUUCAUCUACACAGAUGUGGCGCCGAGACCUGAGCUCGCAAAUAUGAUAGAGGCCGAAUAUGUCUCUUUAGAUGAGUUGGCCAAACAGUCUGAUUUCCUGGCCAUAUGCUGUGCUCUGACUCCAGAGACUUAUGGCAUUUGCAAUUGGAAUCUCUUCUCCAAGAUGAAGAAAAAUGCCAUCUUCAUCAACACAAGCAGAGGAGGUGUGGUUAAUCAGGAGGACCUGUAUGAAGCCCUGUCCACCGGUCUGAUCGCUGGAGCCGGGCUGGACGUCACCACACCUGAACCGCUGCCCACACACCAUCCUCUUUUCACACUCAAAAACUGCGUGAUUCUUCCCCACAUUGCCAGUGCCUCCUACACGACACGGAACUCCAUGUCUGCUCUUGCUGCCGACAACCUGCUGGCUGGACUCAGAGGAGAAACCAUGCCUAAAGAACUCAAGCUGUAGAACUGGACCACCAAAUUAAAAUUCUGAAUUUUUGGGACAUAAAAAAAAAUCAGAGAACAUCUGAAAAUUCUUCACACAGAUAUUUUCCAUAAGAGAACAGCUCAUAGUGACCACAACUGUCCAAAGCCUUAAUAAAAAAAAGACAAAAUUAACUAUUUACAUGUUAAAGCCAAUAACCAAUAAAUAGCCAGUCUAUAAUUUUGAAUUAACAAAAUAAUUAUUUUCAAUGUUACAAAUGGAUAUGCAUUUUGAGUUGCGCUAAAGAUGACUUUUAACAGCGUUUUUGAAUAUUAGUGGUGAUCUAUUGUGUUAAUUGAUGGCAAAGGUGGCUUUGCAAAAAUAUAGAAAAUGAGCAUCACAAUUAAUAAUGAAAUAUUGACCGAUACCAAUAGUCUAUUAUUGGCCAAUAACUCGUAUAUCCUGCAUCCAUUCAAAAAAUAUAUAAAAUGAGUCUAUAAAUGUCAAAAGUACAACAUAAAUGUCAAACAAAUGAGAAGCAAA